AUGUCAUCGGUUUUGUUAUCAUUUCUUUUACUCGAUAGUGAUGCUUCAGAUAAUCUCAAAAAGCAGAGCAAGCCCACAUGGAAAUGGAGGCGAAAAUCAAUAACUAUUCACAUUUGGGUCAUACCCCUUCAGGUCCUUCUACAGGUCGCAAGCAGUUUACAACAGUUCUUGUCUAAAUUAUGCCUUAGAACUUUAUGA